AUGAGUGGUGUCUCGUCUAUUUUAGUGGAUGAGCUGUACAAUGCCCUGCGAUCAACAGCCACUUCUGGUGUCGAGAGUGAUGGUGAACUCAUAGCGAAGUUGGAUACAGUAGCUGGAAGGACUGCCGCAGCUAGCGAUGACGCCGACCCUAGUACCUUACUGGAAGAAGAUGCCAAACAGAAUAAGCGGCCACUGGAUGAUGAUGAGGAAUCCAUAUCAGAUGUUAGUGAUUCUGAGAUUGAAGGGUACCUUCUAACGCCAGAGGAAUCGGAGGCUAAGUCUGCUAUCUGGCAUCAGUGGAAUAAGCCCUAUCUCAUGGAAUGGGCAAUACGUGAUGAACAACGGAAGGCGAAGAAGAGAGCUGAGGAUGAGGCUAAACGUAAUGGUACCUACAAGCCAAGGAAACGCCCGGUUCAUUCAACUGCCAUGGGCCCAGCGGAUUCGGCAUUGGAGGCAACUCAGAUGGCCCUAUCGAAGAAAGCCCGAUCCCUGAGCAACCGCGUUAACAUGUCAGCGCUCGAGGAGCUGUUCAAGACUUAG